AUGGAGUGGGAUUGGGAAAACAAGCAUGAAGAAAUAUAUAUGAUGGCCUCAUCAAAAGUUAUUACAAGUAGUACUCCAACGAAACUACAACCGACCACAUGGAAAGAAACCGAUGGCUUUUUUAGUCUAUCGGGCGUUGAUGUUGGUGGCAGCAGAGGGUCGGGCUCUGAUGUGGGCUACAAGUCAUCAACGAAAAGCUCAAUCUCGGCUUCAACUGGCUCUUCGAUCAUCAACAAGCAGGAGAGCAUUAAAGUUUCACCUGGUGGAUUUGGAGAUGUUUCCAAUUACACUUGCAGCAAAAGUAGUAAUACAGAUCAGUUUGAGAUCAGUUGUCCAAUAUUAUUGGAGGCUUUAGGUAGCUCUAGUAGUACUGAACCAUUUAUCGGUUUAAGACUUGGCAAGAGGACUUACUUUGAGAAUACUUUUGCUGCCACGAGUAACUCUAAAACAACAUCUCUGACGACAGCAAAGAAAGCAAGAUCAUCAUCAUCAUCAUCUUGCCUGAUGAAUCCUAUUCCGCGUUGUCAAGUGGAAGGGUGUGAUCUUGAUCUCUCAUCUUCCAAGGAAUACCAUCGGAAACAUAGAGUUUGUGAAAACCAUGCCAAGUUUCCUAGAGUUGUUGUAAGCGGUCUUGAACGUCGGUUUUGCCAGCAGUGUAGCAGGUUUCAUAGUUUGUCAGAGUUCGACGAGAAGAAGCGUAGCUGUCGUCGACGGCUUUCUGAUCACAAUGCACGACGCCGGAAGCCACAGCAGGAGACCAUCCAGUUUAAUUCAACAAACCUAUCUUCAACGAUUUAUGGUCAAAGACAACACUUGAGUUUUGCUUUAAACAAUGUCCCUGUGGUUCAAAGUAGACCUGUUAUAAGUUCUACAUGUGAAAACUCAUUGACCUUCACUAACUCGGUUUCUAAAAGGAAAGCCGACAAAUCUGGAGUCCUCGCUAGUGUAUCUCAUUCACUCGGUGUGCAGUUGCCAAAUGCUGUAAACAUGCCUACUAUUGCUUUCAAUAAGCCAGUGCCUUCCAAGAGAACCAAAGUUGAGGUCCUUGAUCAAGGUUUCAAGGAAUCCUUGUCUCCCAAUGUAGACGUGCUCGACAUUCGUCGUGCUCUCUCUCUUCUGUCAAACAACUCAUGGGGUCUGUACGAGCCAGAUUUAACUGUGCUUGACCAACCCCAUCCCUUGCAUCCGGAUAAUCCGGCCAUGGUUCCACACGGAAUGCAAUCUGUUCCUCAAAGCUUGCCACUUUCAUCACCAAAUUACUGGCAAAUUGAGCAACAAUCCAUUGAUCCCCAUAUUCAUGCCUUACCUGCCAAGCCCAGCAAUCCAUCCAACAACCAGUAUCAAGAAUUUCAGCUUUUUAAUCGCUUUUAUUCCAACCCAAUGGAUGAAAUUCUGAAACCUCAAUGACUUCCAAUAUUUAAUGGUAAGCAAGUUCUUUUAUCAAAUCAAAGAUUUUGUGUGAUUAGGUGUAAGGACCCAGAGCUGAUUUUUAGGGCUUGCCCUCAAUAAUUAAUCGUAGAUAUUCAAUAGUUCAUGUGUGAUUAAAAAUGUUUUGGUUGAGCAUAUUGCAUACUUUUUCUGUAGUCUUAGCUUGUAACUACAUCUACUUAUUAUCAGUCAUGAAACUACCUUGCUAAGGCAUAACUUUUCUCCUCUUUUCAUAAAUUCCUAUUAUUUCUUGAGUACUAUAACAUGUUCUAAUAUGCUUUUGGUGGCGCCGUGAUAAUUAGUGCAUCUGUGUCCUUAAAUGUACCACUUAACCGUGUCAUAUUAAUCGUUGUCACACAACUUAAACGGCGGAAAAUGGGCCCCUCUGUUUAAUUGUAGACAUUGUAAUCGUGAUCAAGAGUUCAUAAACUAGAAACCAUGGUCCAUAAUGUCACGGAUCGUCUAGUUUAGCCAAAUUACCUUUGGUCCCUUGUUCACGCAACAGAGACUUGAUAGGUAACUUUACGGGCAACCCCAUAUGCAAUUGUUAGCUCUUCAGAAGAGGUGUAUGACGUUACUCAAGACGGCCGGGGUAGUCGGUAUGUAACCUAAUGUUGUUUAACAUACAAACUUAAGACCUGUCGGUUAAUCAGUGCAACUUCCAAAACAUUUGGACACUUAUAUAUAUCAUGUAUGUAUAAUUGAACACAACUGAAAGAUAUGGGCAAUUGGAAACAUGAUCACAUGUAUAACAUAAAUGCAUACUGUACAUAUCAAGACAAUGGUAAGGUUGGUGCCAAAAGCUGAUAGAUCAUUAAAGAUUUGAUGAUGGUUGAGACCACUAUCAUUGUCGCAUUCAACUCCACACAUAAUGUAAGUGGUCCUUAGCUGCAUCAUGGUGCAGACAAAGUGGUGAUCAGAUCUUAGCAUGUUCUUGAGUUCGACAAAUCAAGAGUUUGUCUUGAACAAUGAAUCCAGAGAGGCAAGCUUUCCAAAACGUGACUGUCUAUUUGGUGUCAUGCUCGACUAACCAGCUACUUCAAAUUUUAGAUCUAGCACAAAGUUUUUUGUUAUAUUUAUUUAUCUUUUGUAAAGCAAAUAGGAAUAUUGAUUAAGAUUAUGUUAGAAAAUCUUUGUUUGAUACA